AUUCACUUGUAAUUGUGAUUCGUAGGAAGUAAGAUCUCUAGUAGUGUAAAAUAUAUAUAUCUAAAAAUAAAAUAGUGUAAUUCAAUUUCAAAUCGGAACCCUUCUAAAAAACCCGCCACCAAUUCCAAUAAAAAAGAAACAAAAAAAAACAUAAGAAAACAGCAACAAUAACAACGAUAACAGCAAGCAAAUCAACCGCACCGUAACGUAACGUCAAUUGUCAACCGUUUAUCGUAAUAAGCAAAUAGCGUAAGCCCUUACGUACCUCCCUCUCGAUUUGCAUGUGUGUGCGUUUGAGACAACAACAAGAACGGCAACUGCAGCUACAAAAGCAAGCAAGACAAAUGCAACAACGAUUUGGAUAAAAGUUGUGCAUAAAGGAAACAAUUUAGUAAAAUUCAUAGCAAAAAGCUGGAAAAGGCCAAGAAAAGCGAAGCCGUGACGUGACGAGAGAGAGACGUGUUGUGUUAAAAAGAGGAUCCAGAGAUAUAGUUAUAUACAUGCAUGUUCGACCGGACUAAGGCGACAAAACAACAUCCACAACAACAGCAAUAGCAAUAGCAACAACUGCAGCGCACACCACUGAGCAAAAGAGAGAUAGAUAGAGAGAGAGAGAGAGAAGAAGUCUGCUCUUAGACACGAGAGACGAUAUUUUUUCGGUUUUGCUAGUGCCCAAGCGAUUGGAGGAACAGCCUCAAGAUUCUGCCCUUUGGAGCCAACUUUCGUCUGGAGACGACACCAGCCGAGAUGCACAAGAUCACAGCCGCACCGGCUGCUGCCACAGCGCCCGCCGGCGCCCUCGAGGCGCCACUUGCGGCACCCAAAUACGGCACACUCAUACCCAAUCGCAUCUUUGUGGGCGGCAUAAGCGGCGACACCACCGAGGCGGAUCUGACGCGCGUGUUCAGCGCCUAUGGAACUGUGAAGAGUACAAAGAUCAUUGUGGAUCGCGCUGGCGUCAGCAAGGGCUAUGGCUUUGUCACAUUCGAGACGGAGCAGGAGGCGCAAAGACUGCAGGCCGAUGGUGAAUGCGUUGUGCUGCGUGAUCGCAAGCUGAACAUUGCACCGGCUAUCAAGAAGCAGCCCAAUCCGCUGCAAUCGAUUGUGGCCACCAAUGGAGCCGUUUAUUAUACAACCACACCGCCGGCACCGAUUAGCAACAUCCCGAUGGAUCAGUUUGCCGCUGCCGUCUAUCCGCCAGUUACUGACUUUACAGCCGCUGGUGUGCCAGCCAUCUACCCACCUUCAGCCAUGCAAUAUCAGCCAUUCUAUCAGUACUACAGCGUGCCAAUGAAUGUACCCACCAUUUGGCCUCCGAAUUAUCAAGACGCACAGCCGCCGAUGCAACAUCAUGGACAGCCGCAUGCCGCUUGGGAGUUCGAUGAUGGCAGCAAUGCCAACAAUCGCGGCAACAGCAAGAGCAACAUUUCGGUGACCAAUUGGCGCAUGUCCAUGUAAAGAAAAGAAAAACAACAAAAAAUGGCAGAAGACAAAAGAAGACAGAAGAGAAAAACGAGCACUAAAAACAUCCACAAUCCAUAGCAAUAUCAAAACCAAAACAAGCGCAAAGCCACAAAGCAACUAAACAGCAAAACAAACAACAUCAGCAAUCAUUAGGAAAAGUGGCGCGCAACAAACAAACCAAACCAAACCAAACAACAAAACGACGUUCAUAAUAUUUUUUCAUUACUUUGAUUUACCGAGAGUUCAAAUUGUUUCUAUUGUUUUCGUUAAGCGUUUCUAAAUGUUUCGAUAUAUUUUGUGUUUGUAAGACCAGAAUUUCAAUCGGGGCUGCAGCCAAAGACGAAAGCGUGAUCACAAAGAAAGAAGAAGCAGAAUAUCAGAUCAGAUAUCAGGAUUAGGCAAGCAAGAAACAUCUUCAACAAAAGGGGGGAACAAACUAAAAACUAAAAAUCGAAAAAAAUCUAAACCAAAGCAUAUCCAAACUUCUUCAAAAAUUACGCAAGAACACAAGCCAAGAUAAAUCUCUCCUCCCCCUCCUCAUCGUCAUACAGAUCGAGAACAACAACUUGCUAUCCUUUGCCUCUUAGCUUCAGCUGUGGCCCCAUUGAGUAGGAUUUUAAAAAACAGAUCACAGAACCAACAACAACAACAGCAACAUCCCAAACAGAACAGAACGUUUUCAAGCCAACAAAUAUGUGUUUCGGGUUCAGUUUUUCUGGCGUUCCGAUUAUAAAGUAGUUUUUAUACAGAUCUGUAUAUAUAUAUAUUAUAUGUGUGUAUAAUUGGCCUACACUUUCCCAAAAUUUGUAACGUUUCUUAUUAUAUAUAUCUCUGUACUUUCUCACUCAUCCCAAAAUUUCGUUUCUCCCCCAAUUUGUGUGUGCGUAAUAAUUAUGUGUGUAUAGAAAGUUUUUUCUAAAUUUCAAAGUUGACAUCAAAUAUUUCAUCAAUUGUAAAACUGAAAUAAAAAGAGCCCGAAACGAGA